AUGCAAUUCUCAAUUGUAGCGUUUCUGUAUUUACUGUCUGCCAUCAAAGCGCAAGACAUUAAUUCAAGGCAUCAUACACCGUCUGUGUCGCAGUCGACGUGUACACAAGAGACAAUUAAUGCAUGCCCCGAACCACGUGACUGUUAUGAUAUUUUACAUACGAGUCCCGAGACAAGAGAGAGUGGGAGCUACACAGUACAGCCAGAUGACGACGAUGAACCAUUCAGAGUAUUUUGUGACAUGCAGACAGAUUCCGGAGGAUGGACGGUAUUUCAGAGACGAAUGGAUGGCAGUUUAGAUUUUUUCAGAAACUGGCAUCAUUAUGCGAGUGGAUUUGGAAAUGUAAAUUCGGAAUUUUGGCUUGGAAAUGACAAAUUGUAUCGUCUUACGCACCAACAAACAUACGAACUCCGCAUUGAUAUGGCAGAUUUUGAUGGCAACACGGCGCAUGCUCAAUAUGAUUAUUUUCGAAUUGGUGAUGGAUUUAGUAAAUAUAAGUUAACACUGGGGCAAUAUGGUGGAGAUGCCGGUGAUUCACUGAGUUAUCACAGGAAUCAUAGUUUUAGUACCAUAGACAGCGACAAUGAUAUUGACAAUGGAAACUGUGCUGCUGCUUACAAGGGAGCCUGGUGGUACCAGUCAUGUCACCAUUCCAACCUGAAUGGACCAUACCAAGGAGGGGAGCAUAGUUCAUAUGCUGAUG